AUGGAAAAUAACACAGAUCAUUCUGAACAAAACAACUUUAGUCCUAUAUCUGUGCAGGACGUAGAUGUAGAUUUUUUACCGAUUGUUUACGAAAUCAUACGAAGUGUCGAGAGGGACUUUCAUGACAACUCUGCUAAGGCUAGGGAGUCUCAAGACUGCAGUCAAAGGGUACUCGAGCUGCAAAAGAAAUUUGACAUAGCUCGCACGCAGAUAAAACGUUUGCCUGGAAUUGAUUUCAACAAACAAGAUCAGUUGAAGCAGUUUGAAAUCCUCAGAACACAGCUGAGGUUGAAGAGAGAGCUUUUACAGAAGUAUCGGAAUAUGUGCUCAUUUGAAACAUCAUUCAAGUGA